GCUGUUCUGUGGCAGACGCCAGACGCCGUAUUGUUGUCAAGUUGUGGUAAUUCAGAAAACUAAUUUAUUUUUGUCGACUGAUAAACAAGAAAGCUUUGAAUCACUUUGUUCUUUUGUUGCGGAUAUGAAUAACUCUCUAUAGAAAUAAUUUUUUUCUCUGUAUGACUAGAAUAUAAUUUUCAAAAUGAUCAUAAAAGGCUUGCAUUUAAUCCCAGUAGUGUUGUUCAUUGUUUUGCCAUCGACGUUUGUGGGAACAUACAUAUAUGCCGUGAUGAAAGGGCAUGUGGAACCAUAUUUUCCUUACAUAAGUGACGCAGGUACAAGGGCUCCAGAAAGCUGUGUAUUCGGCCAACUGAUAAAUAUGUGCUCGGUCAUGUUGGCGAUAUCUGUGUAUGUACGCUACUGUCAUGUCUACCAGUAUUGCGUUGAAUGCAAUUUUCCCAGCAAAGUGUUGACCUUGAACAAGAUCGGCGUGUGGCUUGGUCUGCUCUCCUGCUUGGGACUCAGUCUAGUGGCCAACUUCCAGGAAACAAAUGUGUUUGCCAUACAUAUUUUCGGUGCUUUCCUCUGCUUUGGUCUGGGCACGAUCUACUUUUGGCUACAGGCAAUAUGCUCUUACCACAUGACACCUUUGGUUAAUACACCUUAUGUAUCCAAUCUGCGCGCUGUGUUGGCUACAAUAUGUUCAGUCUUCUUUGUGAUAAUGGCUGGCUGUGGAAUUACUGCGCAUCUUAGAUUCCAUGGACACGAUCCGAGAAAAUGGUACCCAACAGAUGGAGGAUGGGUUUUACACGUGAUAAGCACAACUUCGGAGUGGAUAAUCGCCCUGUGCUUCUGUUCAUUUAUUCUAUCAUUCUCUAACGAGUUCAGAGAUAUAACUAUUCAUCAUCCACAGAUACAACUGAACAGGCCUGAAUUGCUGAUAGCAAACACCAACGAUGAGCCGAUUAGUUGAUCAGAGUCAGCUGACCAGCAAGUACCAAAUAGCAGUAGUGUUGUCAACAUUCUAGGAGCCCACGGCAUCACACCGACAGACGAUGCACCGAUUGUCGAUGUAUGCGAAAAUGGUGAAACUGGCGCGAAUUUUCCAAUGCCAAAGACUCGUAGCUCGCCGACUCUAGCUCUGCCUUCUCCGGAUGAGUCGUACAGCAGUCGACUCAUGUCUCUCUCCUUGUCUCUCCUUAUGGCCGCCAUUUUCCAAGCGAUCCGCCAUCUUGGUGGACUUCUCCAGGAUGUCAUCUACACGUUGCAUUGGAAUGUCGAGAAUCAGUGAUGUAUUAAAUCAGUAACCCUCAAGCUGAAUAGAUAGAAGGUAGAACCAAUCAGAGAAGGCGUUUUUAAAAAGACGGCUCCUCUGAUUGGUUCUCGUGGAAUUAAUCACGGUUAAAAUUUAACCGGUUUUUGUGCAACCGGCACUAAGUGUCCCACCCUCCAUCUUCUUACCUUAAGUAAGAAAGUAUCCUCCCCUUAGAUUUUUAGUUAAUGCUGUUUCCAAUAGUUUUCUCUUGAAAUAGAAUCCGAUUCUGCAUAUAUAUAUUUUUGGGGGUAACCUUGAAAUACGAACUCCUGUGUUAUCCCCUUUCAACGUAUUGGAAAUUAUAUCUAUGACAUUAUCUUGCUCUGCCUAUUUAAAACUAAGAAUAUGUGUUCAAACUUCAUAGUUACGGUCAGAAAAUUGUCGCAGAGUUUUACAGUAAAAUUUCAUGCCAAAAUUGUCUAGAUUAAAUUUAUUAUGUAUUUUAUUCUUAUACAAAUUGACAAUUUCCACUGAGACUGAUGAGACACUUAGUGAAAAACUAAACUGAGACUUAGUUGUGAGAAACAAAAUAUAUAUCUGUAACAACAAGUAAUAAAUUUUUAUGAUAAAUAAGUAUAGUAAUAAUGGAUAUAACAAGUAUAAUGACAAGACUUGCUUCAGGCAGUAUCAGUAUCCGUUUUGGAGUGAACCGUGGUCUAGUGAAUAGAGUGCUUGCGUAGCAGCAUAGUGAUCCCGGGCUCAAACCUUCUCAUUAUCAAAAGAUUUUUAACCAGAUCAUUCCCGUGUUAUCGGAUGGGUACGUUAAACAGUCGGUCCCGGCUGAAGUAUGACAGUCGUAAGGCCCAUUGAAUGCUUAAAUUAUAUAUUCAGGCGGUGGGACCUUCCCGCAAGGGACUCCCCACCAACAAAAGCUGUACGAAUUUACUUUUAGUAUCAGUUCUAAUUCUUUUACCCAUUUUGGAGCGGCAUUUUACUGAAAAAAUCUGCGACAGUUUACUGCCUGUACCCUAAUCCCCGUUUACUCGAUAGCAGUUUAACCGUAGUUAAUCUUAAUCCAGGAUUAAAAGAAGCAAUCGUCGCAUUUAUUAUCAUGUGUUUCAAUUGAAUCUAAUCUUGGUUUAAAUGUAAUCAAACUGCUAUUGAGCUCAAGACUAAAGUCUGAUACCAGUUUGGACUCAAGUACAAAUUCUAAAGAAUAUUUUACAUCAACUCUGUUUUUAAAUAUGCUUCUAUCAAUGAAGUUUUCACUCUAUUCAGAAUUAUUUUUGAGAAUUCAAAAGUAUUUUCACGAUUUCAAUGCAAUGCUACCUUUCAAGACUCCAUGUUCUGUGUUCGUACUAUACUUAGUGCCAGUUGCACAAAAGCCGGUUAAAUUUUAACCGUGACUAAUUCCACAAGAACCAAUCAGAGAAGACUUUAUUGAAAAGACGGCUUCUCUGAUUGGUUCUCGUGAAAUUAAUCACGGUUAAAAUUUAACCGGCUGUUGUGCAACCGGCCCUAGGUAUUAUAUCUUAUACUGUGUCACCUUGAAUACUUGAUAUAUUUUCAACAAAUUCUUUCCAUCAUUAAUACUGACUUGUAUUGAUGUAUUCUUAAAAAUUCAUUAAUAAUGACUUUGCUGUAUCAUACUAAACAUGACAAGGUCUGUAGGAAUACCUUGCUAUAGACUUUGGACUUAGAUACACGUAAGAAACGAUAGAACCAUGUAGACUGAAAUUUCAAUUCUCUUUUAAUGACUGAGCGUGCUUUCUAACGUAUGACUAUGGCCCAAAACUCUAGUGAUAGUUUCUAUCUUAACGCUGACUUGUUUGUUGUAAAAUCAUAUAUAUUUCUAUCAAAUUUUGUAACUUUUGAAAUGUUACAUAAGUUGAAAUACAAUGGAAUUCUGUAUUAGUUAAGAUGUGUUUUGAUAGUGAACUAUUUGUUUAUUCAUUUUAUUAAUAUUUUGAUUAGUAUAAUUUCAUUCAAGUACCUAUUCCACUACUUGUUUCGAUACAUACUCGUAUGUAAAUUAGAUUGAUGGAAUGUGAGAGAAGAUUUACAAUAAUAAUCAUGUGAUAUAGCUACAUAAACAUUUAUGUGAAAUCUAUGUGUGAAGAUGGAUGUCAGGAAUUUUUUCUUAAUGCAAGAAUUGGAUUAUUAUUUUACAAACCGAGUCAGGCUCUACUUUCCUAUGAUGUUCAUAAGAUAAUUUUAUUCUAUAGAUUUAUUCAUUUUGAUAAUAUUUCAAAGAUUUUUGUAGAUAGUAUCUCAUGAAAUAUUGAGAAGUAUAAUAUACUUUACAAUAAAUAAUGUUUACGAUCUAUAGAUAGGAACUCUUCCCCCACAUACGGACCAAUAGUCUAUGUGGGGGAAUAUUUAUUUCCUGAAAAUAUUUAUUAUUGAAUUGUUAUGUAAAUGUUUUAUUGAUGUAUUUUUUGAUAGAAAUAAAUUGAAUAUGAAUUAUCUGUUCUUGUCAGCUAUGAUUUUGAUUUGAACAUUUUUUCUAUUUAUUUAAACAUGCUUUAUUUCAAAUAUUUUUUUUAUAUUUUUCACUUCGAUUUCUUGAAUUGAUUCAACUUGAUGUCUUAAUCUGUAUUUCUUGUUCUUCUCGUUGAAAUAAAUCGAAAAAUGCUAGGAAUCGGCUAGAUCAAAUGUCUUAGUUUAAUUUUAGAUAAUUACUUUUAAAACAAUACCUCAACUUAUUCUUUUGUAAUCUCAUAUUUUUCUCUUAUGAUAUUCUUUUUCAUGUAUUCAUAUAACCCUUCAUUAUGCUACUCUACACAACCCGGAUAAUAUAGUGAUGAAAAUUUUAGUUUAAUCUUAGGUCAAUUUUUUAGUUUAUUCAUUUAUAAAGUUUAAACUAGUCAGGUUUAACGAUUGCUCAAAUAUCUACUACUUAUGAUUUUUCAUGAAAUUGGUGGAUAAUUUUUUCUAGUUUCUUUUUAAAGUUGUAUAGUUAUUAGCUCAUAUUGUGAGUCCUCAUUUAUUUGUUCAUUCAUUAAUUUAUUCCAUAAUAGAUCUUGAGAAUUAUAACAUGUAAUCAAGUUGAGUCUGUUUCUUAUUUAGCUCAUAUUAUUCAGCUUUGACAAUUUAAAUUUGCAAAAAUUCUCAUUUCUUAUUAGUUUUUUACUCGCUUUAUUGCUAAUUAUAGUGACUGUAGAUUAGUGUUGAUCAUAAAUUUUCUAUAUGAUGCAGAAUGUAAGGAAGAAACGAUAAAAUUUCUCAAA